CUGUUUAGAUAUAAUAAAUAGGGGGGGACACAUAGAACUGCAACCAUGUCUGAAGGGUCUUCGAAACCAAAGCCAAAAAUCUCUGCAUCUCGCAGACUGUUCUUGAAGACCAAACUGCUAAAAAAGGCAAUGACUAUGCUGGACAAUGAGAGGCAAGAGAAAAAAGACGAACGAGAGAGAACGCUCUCUGAGAGAGUCCCUGAUCUACAGAUGUCAGGCCUGUCUCUGCAGGAUCUACAGAAUCUUUGUAAAGAGCUCCACCAAAAGAUUGAUGGGGUUGAUGAAGAGCGGUACGACGUUGAUUCUAAAGUGACGAAAUGUACUACGGAGAUACGGGACCUGUCUCAGAAGAUCUUUGAGCUGAAGGGUAAGAUGAAGAGGCCGGCCCUGAAGAGGGUGAGGGUGUCUGCUGACGCCAUGCUGGGGGCUUUGCUGGGCUGUAAGGUCAAAGAGUCUGUGGACUUCAAAGCUAACCUCAAGACUGUAAAGAAAGAGGAGGAGAAGAAAGAGGAAGUGAAUGACUGGCGUAAGAACGUGGACGCCAUGUCUGGUAUGGAGGGCAGAAAGAAGCUGUUUGAUGCCGCGCAGUAGAUUUUGUGGUGAAUUUCUAUGUAAAGAUGUUUACUGCUCUAAAACAAAUGUAGUCAUGUGACUGUUGUUCAUUUUAAAAUGAAAGGGAAUUACAUAAAGAUCAGGUUAACAAGUAGGUUUUGGCUCAGGUCAUGUUUCAAGUGUUUGUGGAAAUAGUGAAGGUGUUUAACGUUACGAUGAUUCAUAUAAUACAUAUAGUUCUUUACAUAAUGUAUGAUGCAUUAUGAAA